CCCACGCGACCUAUGCCCAGUCCACGCGCAGGCAGUCAACCGGGCCUUUCAUCAUGGAGGAGUCAUCUGGACGUGGUCACCGGGAGAAGAAACCUAGCGAAAAGGUGAAAGAGUUGGUGUCUCCAAAAGUUGACCGCAUUGAAGACGACAAGCCCGUAGCCCUUCCAACCUAUGUUGCGCCCAACGAUCCCAAGUUCAUCCAAGACCAAAAGGAGGUGCCAAAGAUCUAUGAUCACGCAAAGUUUACAGUUGAUGGUCAGAAAGUUGAGUUUUAUUCACUGGGAACACACAUCGAGAGUCGAGAAAAGCGAUAUUAUAUUCGCGCCAAACGAGAUCCGAAAUCGUUCUACUUCCACGCCGACGAAGCACCGCCGCGAUAUGCCCGCCUCAGCGACGAAAACCAUCCCCAAUGCGGCGUAGAGAAUCUCCGCAACACCUUUACGAAAGACAUGUUGGGCAAAACUGGAGAGUUUGGAAGCUACACAACGAGAGCCAAUGUUUUUGCACGAGAGGGCAGAUUCUUCUUCGAAGCCAAGGUCAUCAGCCAGGCUCCUCCUGGGAGAGAAGAGCCCGACCGAGCACUGGCCGAUACUCAGAACUCGGACAGAUCGGCCACCAACCGUGGUGGUCUCAGAGUUGGCUUCUGCCGCCGAGAGCAUCAUUGGAGUGAGAAUCUCGGGGGCAAUGCAUACAGCUAUGCCGUUAUUCUGAGAAGUGGCCGGGCUCGAGAGUAUGGCAGUGUGCGUUUCAACACUCUAAUGUAUCACAUGCAAGGCGAAAACGGCAGAGAUCCGGACGACCUUUCUCCUGGUGAUGUUGUCGGACUAAUGAUUACCCUCCCUCCACUCGAGGUGCAGAAGAAGGUUAUCCAAGGCACAUAUAACCCUGCCGAAUACCCUCAUCUCAAAUGUGGGCCGGCAAAUAUCAAGAAGAAAACGGGAGGAGGGAAGAAGGUGGCCAAAUCCGGCUCGAAACUUAAGGAGGGCGAUGCCGUCAAGGUCAAGGACGAUAAAUAUCGGCCUUCAAGCGCGCAGACGGCAUUGCGGGCUUCACUCAAGCCUCUGCCGGGCAUUCCAGUUCCAUCGGCGCACGACAUUAUCCGAGAUCGAAACCCCUUCCUUCACCGCGGCAUGACCUACUUUGAAUGUCCCGAAUACACACCAAGUAACGAUCUGACACGACCAACACUCAAUUCCAAAAACAAAUCUAUCAACCCCGAGACAGGCAAGAAAUAUGAUCUACUAACAGACCCGCACCCGAACCACGAGCUUGCCCACCUCCGCACACUGCCCGGGAGCAAGAUCGAGCUGUGGGUGAAUGGCAAAUAUCACGGAGUUGUAUGGGAGCAUCUCUUUGCUUUUCUACCUCCGGCUUCGUACGUGGACAAAGGCAGUAGGACUGUCACUGGCAACGGCGACGUGGAUGACGGCUUACUGGGCUACUAUCCAGCCAUCAGUCAUUACACGGGAGGUGCCAUUGAAUGCAAAUUCGACGGGCCGUGGUGGUACGGACAUGAACAGGACGGCCCGCAAUACCCGGAUGCACGGCCCAUUGGCGAACGAUAUCAAGAACAGAUCGUGGAAGAUUUUGUCAAUGAUGUGGUGGAUGAAAUAUACCAGGAAAAUCUGUACAAUGAUCCAGAUUGGAUGCGGAAACGCGUCCUCAACGCGCCCAUCAACGUCCAACACAACUGAGACGCGUUCAACAAAUCGAUCGAUGCUUCUCGGAGGAUUCGUCCAUACAAGAAUGAACCUACGAUGCUCGUGGUCCGAGGCAACAAAGAAUCGGUUGGAUUGUUUGACAGGCGUGGCGUGAGGGGGUGGUUGACAGUGGCACAUGUCACGGCUUGGAAGCAGAGAAAAACUUGCUUUAGAUGCUGGACUGAACGAGAUACCCCUUGAGUGAGAAUAAAUGAUCAUCGUGGAUUCAUGUAGCAAUAUCAGGAACAAAAAGUUACAACAGCCACCAUGCGGU